AGAGAGAGAGAGAGAGAGAGAGAGGGACUGGUGGUGUUUCUCACGCAUUGCCUUACACAGAUCCCCAUGGCUUUUUAUGCAGGGAUGCUACCCAGCAUUCGCUUGGAGCUGAGUUCCUUUUAUUCUCUUUGUUUAGAUUGAAGUGAAGGGACCAUCUCUCUCUCUCUCUCUCUCUCCUAUAUAUGAGAGCUUGAGAGCCUGUGAGCGUGAAGUUGUUGGGUUAUAUUCUCGGAACUAGACAACACCAACAACAACAAAAAAAAAAAACCCAAGUGUGUGUGUGUGUUCUCUCAGAUGGGAGAAGAUUUCGAAAUGAUUACUUCUCUUCUUCCCAAUGAUUGAAGUCUCGAGCUCGUGCUUGCCCCGCACCGCAACGAGACAUGCUUAACGAAGCACCUACUUUUUAACUAAACGAGAAGAAGGAGAAGAAGAUGGAGAUGAAGUCUGUGAGCGAGAGCGGCAGUGGCACGAACGGUAAUAACUGGCUGGGGUUCUCUCUCUCGCCCCACCACCUGAAAAUGGAGGUCGCCCCACAGGCGGAGCAUCACCAGAACCACCACCAACACCACCACUAUCACCACCAGCCGCAGCAAGGUGAACCGGGAAGCUACUUUCUCUCGCCUCCUCCGCCGCCGCCGCCACACUUUAGCAGCUCGAGCCUGUGUUAUGGUGGCGGCGUUGGAGACGGCAACAAUGGUGGGUUCCUUCACUCUCCUCUGUCUGUCAUGCCUCUCAAGUCCGAUGGGUCUCUCUGCAUCAUGGAAGCCCUCACAAGAUCCAGACCCCAAGCAGGAUUAGGGCAAGGUUCAACGCCAAAGCUGGAGGACUUUUUGGGUGGUGCAAGUGCAACAGUGACGGCAACAACAGUGCCUCUCAGUUUGGACAGCUUGUAUAGCUACCAACAGAGUGCCGACCCAGAGAAACAGUCACUAGAUCUCCUUCACGAACCGUUCAGACACCAGCAACAGCAUCAGAUUUAUUAUCCCAAUGAGCUAACAUGCCCUGCUUUGUACCAUUCGCCACUGGCUGAGGAGGAACCAAAGGACUCUCACAUUGCAAGCUGUGAUGAGAACAGCGGGUACUCUUGCCUGAAAAGUUGGGUCACAAGGAAUUUCUCUUCUUCUUCUUGUCAUGUUGGGUUGGACCAGAUGAGCAGUGGCAUGGUAUGUAAUAACGGGGGUAAUAGCUCUGACGCUGUGGGUCCAAUGGAGUGUGGUGACUUGCAGAACCUGAGUUUGUCCAUGAGUCCAAGCUCAACUUCGAGCUGUGUCACAGUCCCAACAAGGCAGAUUUCACCUACUGAGAAUGAGUGUGUGGGUAUGGAGAUGACCAAGAAGAGGUCAAGUAAUUGCCAGAACAAGCAGCCUGUUCACAGGAAGUCCAUCGACACUUUUGGACAGAGGACUUCUCAGUAUAGAGGGGUCACCAGGCAUAGAUGGACUGGUAGAUAUGAAGCUCAUCUUUGGGAUAACAGCUGCAAGAAGGAGGGGCAGACCAGGAAAGGAAGGCAAGUCUACUUGGGGGGUUAUGAUAAGGAAGAGAAAGCUGCAAGGGCAUAUGAUCUCGCUGCUCUCAAGUACUGGGGACCUUCGACACAUAUAAACUUUCCGCUAGAAAAUUAUCAGAAAGAGCUGGAGGAAAUGAAGAACAUGAGCAGGCAGGAGUAUGUUGCACAUUUGAGAAGGAAGAGUAGUGGAUUUUCUAGAGGGGCUUCGAUGUACAGAGGGGUUACAAGACACCACCAGCAUGGAAGAUGGCAAGCUCGGAUCGGUCGUGUUGCCGGAAACAAGGACCUUUAUCUUGGGACAUUUAGCACUCAAGAGGAAGCAGCCGAGGCAUAUGACAUAGCUGCCAUAAAGUUCCGCGGUGUAAAUGCUGUGACCAACUUCGACAUCAGUAGAUACGACGUGGAACGGAUUAUGGCGAGCAGCACCCUCCUCGCAGGGGAGCUUGCCCGCCGAACUAAGGAGAUCGCGCCCAGUGAGGAAGUUGCCGAGUAUAAUGCACUGACCCAGCAAAAAAUUAGCGGCGACGGAACUCUUCAGCUUGAGAGCAAUGGCAACGUCGCACAUGGUUCGGAUUGGAAGAUGGUUCUGUACCAGUCCUCGCCGCAGCUCCAAGCUAGCUGUAAUCAGUCACUUGAUCACAAUUCUAUAGGUUGUCCUUCUGGUGGUAACUAUAGGAACUCAUCAUUUUCAAUGGCCCUACAUGAUCUCAUAGGUUUGGAGUCUUCAGUUAACUCAAGCCAGCCAUCAGUCGAUGAUCCGGCUAAUAAGCUAGGGACACGUCACUUGUCGAACCCGUCUUCCUUGGUGACCAGCUUGAGCAGCUCGAGGGAGGCCAGCCCUGACCGAGCCGGGUCGGUGGUGGCUUUUGCUAAUAAGCCUCCAGUAGUUUCGAAGCUCGCAAACGCUAGUCGUACUUCAGCUUCUGUGACUUCUUGGUUUCCCUCAGCCCACAUGAGGCCUAGUUCAAUUUCCAUGUCUCAUCUUCCCGUUUUUACUGCUUGGAAUGACACCUGAAAGGAAAGUUUUUGCAUGGAGAAAGAGGGUGGGAAGAGGAAGAGGGAGGCACUGGUGUUGGUGGUGGAAAAAGUUAGGAUGUGGGAAUUAUUUCUUUUUGUUUUUACCUUCAUGUUGUUAUUUUAGUACUUUUUUAGGGUUUAGUGGAUGAAAUUAGGGGAGAAUGACUUGGGGGACCAGCCAUCUCUGUCUGUAUCCAUAGUGUAGGCCAUGCAAAGAACCUUUUUUGAAACUGAAACCACUUUUGGUUUUUGGCUCAUAUUGGAAUAUAUCAAGAAUUUUGCAAAUGGGUGGGAAAUGAUAUUUGAGAGGGUCUCUAAUGAUUAAAAUUCUUGUAAGAUGAUGUUGGCGAUAUGGAAGUGGGCUCUUUUCUUUC